AUGGAACCCUUCCCACUCCUCAGGCUUCCCCGCGAGCUUCGCAAUCGAGUCUACAGCUUCGCACUACGAACAGAUCCUGUCUACGAUCGCGAAGGCGAGGCUUACCUUGCACCGCGAGAUGACGCAAAAGGCGGACUGAAGCUGCAAUUCCUCUCUCACCGACGACGUGCGUUCCGAGAGCUCACCAGAACGAACAAACAAGUGCGAGAAGAGGCCAUUCAGAUGUUCUUCUUGAUGCAUCCUAUCACCUACAACACUACCAUCCUCCGAUCGGAAAUCACCAAGUCAUCUGGCGAGCUCGCUACCUUCCCCAACUGGAUGGAAACCACCGUCAACAAAUACUCCGCUCCAGCUCGCUUCACCAUCCUUCUCGGCCAUGCCACCACCAACGAACUGCAAUCGGGCCAGCCGAUCCGCCAAUUAGUAAUCGAUGAGCUCGUGCGAACCAUACGGCAUGCACACGCCAAGGAUACCGUCACUUGGUGCAUCAGCAUCAGGGUCGUUCAUGACGGCCAAGCAGACAUGGGAUUGCGUGAGUGCGGGCUCUCAUUCCCGUGUGUAGAGUUCAAGCGUCUCGCGGUGACGGCUUCUGAUGAGACCAUCAAGCUUGUUCUAGCCGAUGCGAAGUCCGCAGAGAUCAAAAGGCUGGAAGGACGGCUCGGAAGCUUCCGCCGAUUGACGACGGGAAAGACGAAGAAGUGGGAAAAGGCUUUUGAUGCGUACUGCGAAUAUCUUCAGCUUGUGGGUGAGCUGAUGCAGGCAUUCAUGGAUGAGAUUGAGGAGGGGGUUGCGUAA